AUGCGUUUCGCCAUUGUUGCCGCUUCUCUCAUCGCAGCCGUCGCUGGCCAGGAGACUUGUGCUGCUCCUGUCACCGUCACCGUCACUGUGACUGCUGGACACACCCCCAUUGCUCCCACGAGCAUGUCCGCCUACUACCCCACCUCUACUCCUCUGGUCCCUGCUGGCUCCACCACCGUCAGCGGCAAGCCUCCCGCCAUGGGCACUGGCACUGCUGCUCCCAGCGGCACCCGCCCUCCUGUCCCCGAAUUCUCUGGUUCCGCUUCUGGACUCAAGGUCGGCAGUGCGCUUGCUGGUGUUGGCGCCAUUGCCGCUCUUCUCUUGUAAAUACAACAAUGACCGACAAGAAGCACGCUGGUGGAUCACAGCUGCAAGAAUACCCCUGGUUUCCUUUCCCAUUCUCUUCUCGACAAUCCACUCUUUUUUCCCUCCUUUUUGGUCAACCACUCAGGCAGACAAACAAACAGACAGUCAGACAGAACAGACACAUGGCUCUGGUUCAUGCAAAGCUGUCUCCCUUUUCUCUGCUGUCUCUACAUUCUUGUUUUUUUCUCCAGUGAUUAUUACUUUUUUUUCGUCUGUGUACAAGCAACAUGGACCAACCCAUCAUCACUGUGAACGGAAAUGCAGAGAAUGACCUCCCC